CUGCGCUGGGGCCCCCCGGGCCGCUGGGAUGUCGGUGCUUCGGCUGAGAGCGUCGCUGCUGAGGCGGGGGGCAGCGGGGCUCGGCCGGGCCCUGCGGACUGAGGGCUGCCCCUGCUCCGACCCCGAGAAAGGGACUUUAUGGACAUGGGGCAGAAUGUACUCGGUCAAUGCCCCAGAGCAGGACAGGAGGAGGGAUGCGGGGCAAGUGGAACUAUUGGAAGUCCUUGAGGCCCGAGUUAGACAACUCCAGACUGAGAAUGUGUCUGAAGUGACGGUAAAUCGUGUGGAAGUGACCCCCUUGAGGACAAGAAACCAGAAGGAUUUGCAGGCCCUUGGACUGAUGGAGGAUGGAGCCAAACAAGAUGCCAGUAGUUCUGCCCAGGUGGUGCAUAAAGCUUCAAGCCGGUGGGUGGAGAAACUCAGUCAGGAAAAGAGUGACUUGCACAAGAGACAGAAGGUCUUGGAAGUCAAGCUCAAGAGCCAGAACUUUUGUGAAUCCCAGCUAAAGAAGAGAGAAAAAGCAUUUCAUGCCAGAAAACAGAAACCAAAACUUGCCAAACCAAAGACCUCUAUUUGUAUAGAGAAAGACAUAAGAGAGCUGGACCCCCCAGUCAAGCAGAUGCCUGAGGUGGUUAGACAUUCCAGAAAACAACUUUUCAUUUUGGCCUGUCUGGAAUGCUUCCUCUCUCUGGGCCAUCUAGCACAAGCCAAUCACCUGCUUCUCUCCUACUUUAAUCGCCCGUGCCACCGGAAACAGCUGACCCUGUCCAUGUACAACAGCCUCUUGAAAGCCUGGGCCAAGGAGGGUUCCUUGCAUCAAAUAAGCACCCUGUUUUCCAUGAUGAAUAUGUCAAAGCUGAAUCCUGACUUGGUUUCCUAUGCUGCAGCUCUGGAGUGUAUGGGCCGAGUCAAUGCAGACUUCAAACUCAUCAAGAGGUGUCUGAAUCAGAUGACUCAGGAGGGCCUGCAAAUGCAGGACCUUUUCCACCAUCCAGUACUCCACCAGCAGGAGAGGAUGAUCGUACUGAAAGCCAUCCAGAAGGUGGAACCUAAAUUCUCACCACCAUCAUUGUCCCACAAAAUUACCCAGUCUCCUCUACUUAAAGACUUCUAUUCCAAGGAAGAGCCUGUGUCUUACCCAAAGCUGUCACUACCUCUGCUUGAGCUACAAGAACGCUUCCAGCAACAGCUAAACUUGGAGUCAGCCAUGACAAUUACUAUUGACUCAGUGGAGAAGAAACCACUAGCAGAACAGAACCAUCAUAUGCAGAAGCUUCUCACGGACCUUAAAUCCCAGUGGCGGAAUGCCUUAAUGAAGACAUUCAGGGAGACCAAAGUCCACAUGAGUGAACAAUUUGAUGAUGUAAACCUCUACCCCUAUUUGUGCCUGCUGAAGGACGAGGAUUAUGUGGACCUCAUGAUGCAGGUCCUCUUUGAGUUACCUCCACAUGGAGAUUCCUUAAUCCACCUAGUCAUGAAUCUUGGGAUGAAGGUUUACAACAAGAAUUUAAUACAGAUGAAGAUGAAAUCCUUUGUAUUAGAUAAACUAAAGAGGAAGUAUAUGAAUUACCUACAUCUUUUGGCCAAGGACACUCAGCUGGACUCCUGCCUGCCUCGGGAGCACUGGGAAACCUUGGAAUCAGAAGCCUCCAUCUGCUCCAAUCUCCUCAUUCAAGAGAAAACCUGGCCAGAUGUAGUAUUGGUGCAGCUGGGAACCCAACUUAUUGAGAUCCUGGUGCAAUCCAUCUACAUGCCCAGCAAUUUGAGCUCUUCCCAGGCAGAGAAGAAACUCAUCCCCGUGCUGUACCACGUUUAUUCCUUCCUCUCCGUAAAGCAGAUUGGUUUCAUUAAACCCCACCCAUCCUUCAUUCAACUGGUGGCUGAAGCUUCUUGUACUUCACUGACCUUCGAUGUCUCUGUCAUGCCCAUGCUGUGCCCCCCCAUGCCUUGGACCUCACCUAGCUUUGGGGCCUAUCUCCUCCACCCCACCAAGCUGAUGCGCUGCCUGGACGGGACUGUCCAACAUCAGCAGCUGCUGGAGAGCUGCCCUCCAGAGCAACUGCACUCCGUCCUUGAUGCCCUCACCCAGCUGGGUAACUGUGCCUGGAAGGUGAACCAGCCAGUGCUGGACCUCGUUAUCUCCAUCUUCAAUGCUAAAGGCAGCAAGAAGCUGGAUGUGCCCCCACCCAUGUCCGAGGCCCCCACGCCCCCGUCCUACAAGCUCGCCAAAGAUAUCAGCUCUAAAGAAAAGGCUGAGCUGCGGCGGGAGAUAGCCCAGUGCCAUAAGACCGCCCGGGAAAUGUACGGCCUGCGCAUGGAUGCCCUGUAUAAGCUGUCUAUCGCCCACCACCUGCGAGACCAGAUCUUCUGGUUUCCCCACAACAUGGACUUCCGGGGCCGUGCCUACCCUUGCCCACCGCACUUCAACCACCUUGGCAGUGACAUGACCCGAGCUAUCUUGCUUUUUGCCGAAGGCAAACCCUUGGGGCCCAAUGGCCUGGAUUGGUUAAAGAUUCACCUCAUCAACCUGACGGGACUUAAGAAGAAAGAGUCGCUGCGGGCCCGGCUCGCCUAUGCCAAUGAGAUCUUGGAGGACAUCCUGGACUCGGCAGACAAUCCACUGACCGGAAGGAAGUGGUGGAUGGAUGUUGAUGAGCCCUGGCAGGCCCUAGCCUGCUGCAUGGAAAUUGCUAAUGCUGUCCGGUCACCAGAUCCCACAGCUUACGUCUCCCAUUUCCCCGUCCAUCAGGAUGGUUCCUGUAAUGGGCUCCAGCAUUAUGCAGCUCUGGGCCGAGAUGUCAUUGGGGCCACCUCUGUCAACUUGAUGCCCUGCGAUGUUCCCCAGGAUGUGUACAGUGGAGUGGCUCAGCUGGUAGAAGAGCUGCGUAAGAAAGAUGCUGCUGAAGGGAGGUCGAUAGCCCAGGUCUUGGAGGGCUUCAUCAACCGCAAGCUGGUAAAGCAGACGGUCAUGACGGUGGUCUAUGGGGUGACAAAUUAUGGUGGCAGGCUGCAGAUCGAGAAGCGCCUGAAGGAGCUGGAUGACUUCCCCAAGGAGCACAUUUGGGAAGCCUCCUUCUACCUCUCCCAGCUGGUCUUCAGUAGCCUCUCUGAGAUGUUCUCCACAACCAGAGAAAUCCAGGACUGGCUGACCAAAAGUGCUCACAUCAUCUCCAAGUCUGGCUCUACUGUGCAGUGGGUCACCCCUCUGGGCCUUCCCAUCAUUCAGCCGUAUCACAAGCCCCAGAAAAUCAUUAUUCCCGGGAAUCUACAGUCUCUUUGCGUCAUGAGUUGCUCUGAUGUCAACCAGAAGCCAAACACCCUGAAACAGAAGAAUGCUUUCCCCCCCAACUUCAUCCACUCCCUGGACUCCACCCACAUGAUGCUGACGGCCCUGCACUGUUACAGAAAGGGACUGACCUUUGUCUCUGUGCACGACUGCUUCUGGACCCACGCCUGCUCCGUGGACAUCAUGAAUAAGGUCUGUCGUGAACAGUUUGUGAAUCUGCACAGUCAACCCAUCCUGCAGGAGUUAUCUCGGUUCCUGGUAACAAAAUACUGCUCUCCGUCCCAGUCUCACAAGUUCUCUAACAGAAUGUCUCAGAAGACAUUGAUGCUGAAGACACUGUCUUGUGUGCCCAAACAAGGAACUUUGGAUCUUCAGAAGGUGAAGGAAUCCACUUACUUCUUCAGCUAAAGGUGCCCCCGAGGACACCAGGGUCCAGUCUCAAGCCUAAGUUCACAGGGCCUGCCCCAGGGCAUCCCUGCAGCCUGAGCAUUUGGAGGUUUGGUUCCUCCUGGUCUGUGCCUCUUAGGCCCUCUCUGCAUCCAUCCUGCCUUAGGCCAGGGACAGCCUCCUAGCUGGCAUUGAGGGGCAGUGUGACCUCUGGUUGUUCAGGCAGGAGGCUCGCUGCUUGCCAGCCUUACCUCUCUGAGCUCUCCUAUCAACUCUCAGCUGAUCUCUCUGCAGAGAGAGGCCAGGCCACGUUCCGCUGCCUCUUGGCUUCCUGACCCCAACUCCUCUUGUGAGUUCCAAGGAAGCAGUGCCUGGGCCAGGUGAUUCUCCGGGCCUACUAUGGACUUGGGAUUAGACGGGAACCCCCAUCCUCCCGGAGGACUGUCACCCCGUUUGUCCAUUCUGGCCUUUUUGAAAUCUCUGACCCGUGUACAGAAGUGUAAAUAAAAAGCUCUUAACCCCAGGGA